GGCCGCCUUCGGUAUUGUGAUUAAAAAAUUUUUCGGUCCGUCUCCGUUGUUUAUGCGUUUGUUUGCUUUUCACCCCGUGUGGAGUGUGUGUUAACCAUAUCGUAAUUCUCCCUACAGCACAAUUUAUACAUAUAUUCAUGUGUCUUAUAAAAAGGGUGAACAACAUUUGUAAUUUAGUCUAUUUAUUUCUACGUUUACCCACAAAAUUGUGGUGUUUUGACUAUUCAGUGAUUCUUCGGCGUCGUAGAAACGUAACGGAAAACCGGAGUUUUCGAACAGGAAAAUGAGCGAAGAAGAACAACUUCCGACCGGAUGGGAGAAGCGAGUGAGCCGAUCUACUGGUCAAACCUAUUAUUUAAAUUUAUUAACUAAAGAAAGCCAAUGGUCUGUACCAACAAAACCAGCAUCUGAAAAUACAGCUUCAUCAAAUUCUGGUCCUGAACAAGUGCAAUGUAGUCAUUUAUUGGUUAAACAUGAAAAAUCACGCCGACCUUCAUCGUGGCGGGAAGAACGUAUUACUAGAUCAAAAUCUGAAGCAAUUGACAUCAUAAAAUCUUAUCGCGAACAAAUUGUUUCUGGCAAAGCAUCAUUUGCUGAACUUGCCCAGAAAUAUUCAGAUUGUAGUUCAGCCAAACGCGGUGGUGAUUUGGGACCAUUUACUAGAGGCACAAUGCAAAAGCCAUUCGAAGAUGCAUCAUUUGCAUUAAAAAUUGGAGAGCUCAGCGAACCUAUACAUACUGAUUCUGGUGUACACAUAAUUUUACGUACAGCUUAGAUUAUGAAUAAUUGUUUUCUUUUAUAAUUCAAACUUUUACCUUUCUAAUUUAUUGUUUAUUUCUGAGACACAAUAAUAUUAUGUAUUGGUUGCCUUAUUUAAUAUUGAUUGCCAUUUAUAAAUA